AUGGCUGGCCUUAAGAUUGUCUCGCUCUUUGCUCUCUUGUCCGCGGCAUCUGCCGGACAUUUAGGUCACUUCAAAGCCCCCUCUGGGUACAGUGCAGUUGGAUCAAAAUCUAAUCAUCAUUCAUCGGCUACGGCGGCUGCGUCAGCUUCAGCUAACACCAACAACUUGAGAGAUUUUAAUUUUGUACCAAUACUCAAUUAUGCAAUUGAUGCUACUCCUGAUGGCACCUACAGAUACAAUUACGACGCGUUAAAUGGCAUAGCAGUGCACGAAAGUGGAGCUCCACGUGCUGCUGGUCCUGAAGGUCUCGCGGUGACAGUCGAAGGUGGUUUCUCAUACACCGCCCCUGACGGUCAGGAGGUCUCCCUCACCUACACCGCUGACGAGAACGGCUUCCACCCCGUCGGCUCCCACAUUCCUACACCACCUCCGAUUCCAGAAGCCAUCCUCCGCUCCCUACAAUCAAACGGGCAAAUCCCUUCAUCGUGA